AUCAUAAACACAGCUUGUUGAAAUGGAUUAAAGGCAAACACGUCAUCCUUCCAUUUUCUAUUAACGCUUCUCCAGGCACGCAUGCCAUCGCUGUGGUUUGUUAUUUUCUGCACUAAUUUGCCUCAAAAAACUUCGUUUAUAAAUAACACAAACAAACACAUACGCUUCAUUUUAACAUGUUUGGAUUAGUCUGGGUGAGCUUCAUCUCAUUCUAACUAUUAAGAUGAUAGAUUAUAUAUAUUAUUGCUUGACUAACAAAUCUUUCAACCUUGGCGGAUGUCUUGUUGGUAGUUUUAGUAGGCGGUGAAGAGGUUCGAGAGGCGUGCUGAGUUUCUCCUGUGAUCCACAGGUCAACCCAAGAUGGCCGCCCGAGCGUAGACUUGAGACAACAACAAAACUAAUUUAGCAGCAAAGCUUUCUCUGAGAAUUUUAACAUGAGUCCACUGCGGCGACGAUGGUGGUUGCCAGCUCGACGAUAUCCGAGUUGAGCCGAAAAGACGACAGCAGAAUGAGGGAAGCGUAAAUCAGGUAGCGAAACAAGCCUAGCACUGGAAGCUAACCAGCUAGCUAACAUUAGCGUAGCCGACGUCUGGUAGACCGAACGAGCGAAUAAUUACAACUCACAUUUAGUUUAUUUUAGUGACGUAUAUUCGAUGUGAAACACAACUUGUUAUACUCUUUAUUUGGUGACGUUUGACGUCGAUACGUGGUUCAUCACCGACAGACGUGUCGUGAGCACAAGGUUUGAGUGCUUGUUUUGGACAAAUGCUUGGUUUGUUUGCUAACUGUGUUGAUAACCAAGGCUAUCUUCUGUGCUAAUGCAAGCAGAGGGCAAACUCUCUCUUGUCCUUACUGUGAUCAGUUGUACUAAAAGAGCUUUAUCGUCGGAUUGUUUAAGGACGUUACCACUGUUGCCAACGCCUCAGUAAGAAAAGUACUUAUUGGCUGUCCUCGAAGUCGCUAAAUUGCGUCAUCAACUACUUUGCAUAAAUUUGCAUACGAUUGAACAGAUAAUGUCGGAAAACAGCAGAACCUCGCAGGAGACAAACGGGAGUAAAACACCUUAAUUACCUUUAGAACUACAAAUAAACUUGAUGACUUCUUCAAAAUAAUGUAAAUGUUUUAUCUCGGCCAGCGCCUCUCAAAGUCUAGGCAGCAUAAUAAUUACGUACAGACACGCCCCCACCCUCCACCUUUUAUCUAGUUGUUGGACUACCAUCACACGUUCUGGCACACUGACAGGACUGUUGACAAAGACUAAGGAAACAGCAGAACCUAUUGAGGUCUUGGUAGGACAUCUGGGGUGAGAGACAUUGACCAGCAUGGACAGCUUCUUCAAGGCAGCCGUUUGUGAUUUGGACAAGCUUCUCGAUGACUUUGAGCUCAGUGCAGAAGAACAUGAUUGCAAGUCAGUUUUCCGGAAGCCUCCAGUGCAUCACUUGUCCACUGGCUCCUCAGAGGCGUCCACCGUCCUAACUGACAUUCCUGACCUCAGUUCUCUUCGCUACGGUGCUGCAUCCAGCUGCCCAGACCACACCAGUCAGAGCUGCAGCAGCGAGGACAGGGAGGUCAAAGCUCUGUCUUUGACUGGAGUGGACCUGCUGUCUUCUGUGGAUUGCGGCUCAUCUCAAAGCUCGGCUCCUCCCUGUCCCGACAGAACGCUGAAGCCUGUGUGCGACCUUGUCAACGACACAAGCUCAGCCAUCUUGGUCAGAGCCAACAGCCACGAUGCCUUCAGUGAGCUGGAUGCCGCUGAGAAGCAACUAGAGGAGGAGGAGCUGCUUGUGAACUUUGACAGCCCUGCUAUAGUGUCGGUCCUCAUCGAGGAGCAAGGGGGUCUGGACUCAAAUUGGAAGCAGGACUCUCUGGUGCAGCUCGAUAAAUUCUCGUCCUCCUUCAGUCUGCUGGACGUUAUUCGUCCUGCAGCUGGAGAGAAGAGCACAGAGUCCACAGAUGACUGUCUUUCAAGGACUACAGAGGACACAGAGGAGGAUGUCUAUGAGGACGCCCAAGAAGACGUGUCCUAUCAACCAUGUGAGCAGGAUCACCAAGGACUAGCUAACAGUACCCAAACUUCAAGUACCUCAAGAGAUGUCAACUUUACAGAACUUUCAGAGUCUCCAGAAGUUUCAGACUGUAAUGCUGAAACUGUGUGUGGACCUCAAUUGGAUCUCCAGCAGCCUGGAGAGCAAAGUGAGGAUGUGUCUGAAGACGCAGAGACAGACGGUCUGUCAGCUUUGGACGUCAGGAAUGAGGCUCUUUUCCCUGAGGAGCCUCUUGACUCAUUAUCCCAGCAGCUGUACACAGAGGGCCAGCAUCCCUCUUUAGAACUUCAUGCCUCCAUCCCUCCUCCUCCAUCGUCCUCAGGCCGCUCAGAGCCGAGCCUGGUGGAUCCUCCUGAGUUUGGCUUUGAGUAUCUUCCUGAGAGCGAUCAGGCUGAGUUGCUGGUCACAGACGAGGAGUUGGACACCUUCCUGCAGGCCCACGCUGAGGCCGAGCAAGACAGAGGAAUCCCCUACUGCAGCACCUCUGUAGAUGUUCUCCAAUUACACCAGGAUGUGGAGGAGGUGCUUCCAGCUGAGGAGCUGAGGAGCUGUGGGCACCCCCCACAGGAAGAUCUAGAAGGACUGGCCUCUCCAGAAAGUGACAGAACCAUGAGUUUUUCUGCUGAGGGACAUACACCAUCCACCUCUCAAGACUCUCUUCCACCCUGUCAAGAAGAAGGGAGCCAUUCCUCCACCAGCAUCCCUUCCCAGUCUCAGCCCAGCAGCAGCUCAGAUCCUCAAAUGUCCUAUGGAGGUGCAAGACCCAAACAGUUAGUCUGCCCAGCUGUGAGAUGCCCACCAUCAGCGGAGGAUGAGGAGGUGCCCACUGUUUCUUCUUCUUGUAAACUUGCAGAUGAAGAGUGGCUACACACCAGCCGCACUAUUCCAGCACAUUCCAGCACCAGCCCCGUCUCCGUGGGUCAGGAGCCUCCAGAGUACAUGACAGGGUAUGAUGAACUGUCAGAGCCCCCGCCUUACCCCGGCGAACCCUCUACUAGGAGUGCUCGGCCUAAUGGCUGGAAGAGGGACGCUGCAGAGGAGCUGGGCAGCAGCCAACCCGCCUGGGUGCCGGACUCUGAAGCUCCUAACUGCAUGAACUGUUCUCAGAAGUUCACUUUCACUAAGAGGCGACAUCACUGUCGUGCCUGUGGGAAAGUGUACUGUGCGACGUGCUGCAACAGGAAGUGCAUGUUGAAGUACUUGGAGAAGGAGGCGCGUGUGUGUAUCAUCUGCUUUGACACCUUGCACAGAGCCCAGGCACUUGAGCGGAUGAUGAGCCCCAGAGGUCCCAGUCCAAACCCCAAUGUCCCAUCUGAGUACUGCAGCACCAUCCCACCUCUGCAGCAGGCCCGUGCCGCCGGAACCCUCAACUCUCCGCCGCCCACUGUUAUGGUGCCCGUGUCGGUGCUUAAACACCCGAACAACGACGGCUGUCCUCGUGAACACAAACGGGUCUGGUUUGCUGAUGGCAUCCUGCCCAACGGAGAAGUGGCAGACACCACCAAGCUGUCGGUGGCCAGCCGCAGGAGCUCACAGGAGUUUGCCGUCACUCCAGAACAAGCGACGCCGACCUCCACAGAGUCAGAGGGCGGAGGCAGGACGAGCCUGGAGAUUCCAGAGGUGGUUCCGCUUCCUGUGUCUGGUCCCUGGAACUACGCCCUGCUGGCUGGACUGGGCUCUGCAGUGAGGAGGAGCCCGAGCCUGCUGCCGGACAGCGAGGAUGAACUUCCUCCUCUGCUCAUCUUGACCGGAGAGGACAGAGCAGGAGAUGUGUUGGUGGAGGAAAGCCCUGCUCCUUGCCAGAUUCGCCACCUAUUGGAGGAGGGAGGCCCUCGACCUUUGACGUUUGUCCUCAACGCCAACCUGCUGGUCAACGUGAAGCUGGUCACAUACGGCGGCCGCCAGUGCUGGUGCUUCGGCUCCAACGGGAUGCAGGCUCUGGGCCAGAGGGAGCUGGUCUUCCUACUGGAGUGCUUGCCAGAAGAAAGAGGUCUACCCAGAGAUCUCUUCACUCUGUGUCUCAACAUUCAACAGGAUGCACAAAGAGGCAAGUUUGUGGGGGAACUGGACAACGUGACUUUCACCAGCAGUUUCCUGGGCAGUAAAGAACAUGCCGGGAUGCUCUUCUUCUCUCCAACCUGUCAGCCUCUGGAGGAUCUCACUCUCCCGCCACAGCCUUUCCUCUUUGGCCUUCUAAUACAGAAGCUGGAGGUUCCCUGGGCCAAAGUCUUUCCCCUCAGACUGCUUCUGCGACUCGGCUCUGAAUACAGCGUGUACCCCACGGCACCUGUUAGUGUGCGUUUUCGGGAGUCUGUGUAUCGAGAGACUGGACACACCAUCAUGAACUUACUGGCUGACCUGAGGAACUACCAGUACAGUCUGUCGUCUGUGGAGGGCCUGAGGAUCCACAUGGAGAUGGGCCACAGCUACAUCGACAUCCCAAAAAGCAGCUUUAACGAGAUGCUGAGGGUCGUGAACGGCGCUAACGAGCACGUGAUCAGUAUCGCAGCGAGCUUCAGUUUGCAGGCCGACUCCCACCUGGUAUGUUUCCAGAAUGAGGAUGGGGCCUACCAGACGCAAGCCAACAGCAUGCCUGGCAAGACACGCACAGUGACGGGGGCCAGCUUUGUGGUCUUCAAUGGUGCCCUGAAAGCCUCGUCAGGAUUCAUCGCCAAGUCCAGCAUCGUGGAAGAUGGCCUCAUGGUUCAGAUGCCUCCAGAGACCAUGGAUGCCCUGCGCACGGCUCUGCGCGAACAGACGGACUUCCACAUUACCUGUGGAAAGACAGACGGAGGGGAAAUCCAUGAAAAUGUCACCGUGCGCUGGGUUGACUGGACAUCAUCUGUAAACGCCGGAAUGAUGAGUGGCGUUGAUGGGCGGAGUCUGGAUGGCGUGUGCAGUGUGAGGAUGCAGCCGGAUGCAGAGUUUGAGUGCGAUGGACUUGUCAUCAGAUGUUCUGAGGUGAAGUGUUGGCUGAUAUUUAACACGUGCUGUGCAACGCCACUGGACGGUUACCUGACCCGAGUGUCUUCGCAGGUCUUCUACCAGCUGACGUCUCCAGACUGCACGCUGGCAUCCGUGCUGCCGUCCUGCAGCGUCUUCCAGAAGGAGAUGGCGAUGGCCGCAUGUAGCGCUCUGACUCACCAUCUUGCCGUUCUUGCAACCAGUGGGAUCAACUCGCUCAGCCUCCGCGUCUCCACCGGCACUGACAUGGUGGAGUACCAGGUAGGUUCAGGAGGCCGACUCCUUCCUCAGCACUACAUGAACGAGUUGGACAGCGUGCUGAUCCCCGUCAUUCAUGGAGGUGGAGCCAGUGUGCCGCAGGCCCACAUGGACAUAGAGUUGCUCUUCUUCAUCACACACACCAUCUAACAACACACGUAGGAUGCACUCGGGUCAGGAAAGUACCAUCCUUACCAUGGUGAGGUCAGCCAGCAGGAGUUGCACGUUCCAUCGCCACAAGAGGGCGUCAAGACAACACAGGAGGUUGGAACACCAAAACUGCUUUCUUCAACAUGAAAGCAAACUUGGAAGAGAAGAUGAGGACCUAAUCCAAGCAAACGUUCCUCCACUUUGCCUUCAAAGCCCCCUGCUGGCCUCUUAGGGGGCAGCGCCUAACUGAAUGUUCUGCGUGAGCGCAUCAGUUCUCGCUGACUCUCAUUGAGGAGGGCGUGAGCACACCUUAGGUUUGCAACACUGCUCUCCUUGAUGGCAUUCCACUGUGUGGAGCGCUGCAGUGUUGAUCCAGAUUCAUCGCAGCUCAGCUUGUUUGGGCCGAAAAGUGAAUGUGAUGAGUACAUUUUGCACAUGUUUGCAUCCAGUGACUUGUGUUCCUCAGUCACGCUGUCAGGUUAUCUGACUUCAAUGAAGACACUACAUUCAGGGCUUAGCUUAGCUUAGCAGCACCAGAGCUAGCCAGCCAGCUAGUUGACUUUUGUCCAAGCGUGACAAAAUCUUCAUUGUGAGCAAAUAAAACCACAACUUUAAUUUUUAGUGGAUUCACGAAUAGAGGGUGCAGUGUCACUAGACUUUUUUUCAAACCAUGUGUAACACCCCUCAGGGAGCCAUCUUUGUCUAAUAUUCGAUUUAUGAGUUUAGUUAGUAAGAAAGCAAACACAUGAAAUAAAUAAACUAGUUGUCAGAAAUGGUCAUCUACAUGUUUUUGGUGGAUUUUGUCACAUUUGCACAGAUGUCUUUGUUCCUUCAAGCAUCUGAUGGCUGCUGCUUAGCAUGCACAUACUAUAGUUGAAUUGUCAUGAAUGUAGCAGCUUUUCAAGUCACACUGUCACCAGCGUCACAGAGUUUGUGCAUGUGAUGUUCCUCCAGCUUUGUGGCCGAACUUAUUGUUUUUUCAUCUCGAAUUUUUUGUCCAAACCUUCUCAAAGUAUGCAUCGAGAUUUUUUUUAAUAUUGAAGAUUUAUUUUUGGAGUCGUUAGUGUAAAAGUUUGAAGAAAAAGGAAACGGUUCUUAUUUUUGAUAGGCUGACAAGGAUUCGUUAGGAGGAAAUGAAUUGUGUUGAGAAAUCAAGCUAAAUACUGUAUAUUAUGGUGGAAAGUAUUUACACAAAGCGUAACAUUGAAGAAAUGUCAACAGGAAUUAAAAGUGUUUGAAACCA